GCAUUGGCGGGUGAAUCAAAAGGGGGAGCGAAAGAGAAAGAGAUGGUUUCCGUUUGAAAAUGGGAAGUCAUAACGGAUCAGUGACUGAGUGACACUCACUCAUAACGCGUCGGUAGCAGUGGCGCCAGAGUUGGCAGGCAGGCAUGUUGAUCAUGUAACAAAGUCUCACUCUCACAGUUUCAAACAAUGAGAAAGAGAAGUGUUUACUGUCCAGGCCCAGCAGCAUGAAUGAAUCAGUACAAGAAAUUAAAUCCCUCCAUUCAAUGCCCUCAACAACCUCCCCCACUUCCAAUUCAAUUCUCAAUUCCACCACCACCUACCUUCCCUUUCCACCUUUCUUCUCCCUCCCUCUCUUCCUUUUCAAAACCACUAACACCUUCCUUUUUCUGCUUUCUUUCAUUCAAUUCAUUUCUCCAGCCUUUGCUCUUCAAUAGAUUCCUUUUUCUUUGUUAUUACUAUUUGAGGCCCACUCUCUCCUCUCAACCCUCAUUCAUUUCAGCGUAGAUCUCUCUCUAUUUAUUUAUUUAACUUUCUUGCUGAAAUUGACAUUUACGUGAAGCACAAUCAUGGAACCCUGAAAAUCAUACCAGCUAGAAUAGAAUGCGACGGUUUCCUACAAUAGUCAACAAUUUAUGAUGACUGAGUUUCAUCAUCAACAUUCAUUUGAAAAAGACGGUGACGCAGAUCAAUAUGCUGCUCCCACCCCGGAUUCUACUACUCUUCAUGCAAGACACAAGCGCUCUAAGAGGUCUUUUUGUGUUGCUUCUGACAAGAACCUGAAGAUCUCAAGAGGUGGAUUUUUGCAUCCCCGGGAGAAGGAUCAGAAUGAUACUCUUUUAUCGCCCCCUUCAGUGAGAGCUUCUAGAUUACAAAGUCCUUUGCAUGAUAACCUCACUUGUACAAACAAGAGUACCGUUUCAAGUCAUAGAGCAUCGUUGGAAAAAGAUGUUGAGCAGCUACAGUUACGCUUACAGGAGGAGAAAUCUAUGCGUAUUUUGCUUGAGAGGGCAAUGGGCCGGGCCUCAAGUACUUUAUCUCCUGGACACAGGCACUUUGCUGCUCAGACAAAAGAUUUAAUUGCCGAAAUUGAAUUACUUGAAGAAGAGGUUAUGAGCCGUGAGCAGCAUGUGCUUGCUAUGUACAGGAGUAUUUUUGAACAGUGUGUUAGCCGGCCACCUUCUGAACAAAAUUCUGGUGUGACUUCACCAGCUCAUACAAGACCCGAAUCCAGGAAGCAUCCAAGUAUCAUAUCAAGUGCCUUCUGUUCAUCGAAAAACUUCCCCCUGCGACCCCUGCAAGCUCUGAUUUCUAAUAAUGAUUUAAGGAGUAGAAUCUUUGGUUCAAAUCAUGCUUCUUUAUCGAGUGGCAAAGGCCAUUCAUAUGCCAGGUUCAAGAAGUUUUCUACCAUGGACAAAACUCCAGUAUUGCGAACAUUAAAAGAUCAUCUAUAUCAGUGUCCGAGUAGGCUGUCUGAGGAGAUGGUGAGGUGCAUGGCCACUGUAUAUUGCUGGCUCCGAAGUGCAACCUCCAUAAAUGCUGAAAAUAGUAGGUCACCUUUAUUGUCAAGGUCAUCAACCAAUGCUAUACAGCCUCGACAUGGAGUAGGAGAGGAUCGAGACUGGUCUUGCAAAUCGGCAGUGGAAAUAUCUUGGAUAUCUACUCGUAAACGUCAUUCUUCUCAUGCUUCUUAUGCCAUCAACAACUACAGAAUUCUAGUUGAACAACUGGAAAAGGUGAAUGUCAGUCAAAUGGAAUGUGAUGGACAAAUUGCUUUCUGGAUCAAUGUGCAUAAUGCACUUGUGAUGCAUGCAUAUUUAGCUUAUGGAAUUCCCCAGGGCACUCUCAGGAGGUUAGCCUUGUUUCACAAGGCUUCUUACAAUAUUGGCGGUCAUAUCAUAAGUGCAAAUGCGAUAGAGCAAUCAAUAUUUUGCUUCAGAACACCCCGCAUUGGACGGUGGCUUGAGAGCAUUGUGUCCACUGCAAUGAGGAAGAAAAAUGGUGAAGAAAGACAACUUAUCAGUUCAAAAUUGGGUAUCACUGAUUCCCAACCGCUUGUCUGCUUUGCUCUUUGUACUGGAGCAUGGUCAGAUCCUUUGCUUAAGGUUUAUUCAGCAUCAAAUUUGAAAGAAGAACUGAACACGGCCAUGAGAGAGUUUCUUCAAUCAAAUGUAGUUGUGAAGAAGUCACGUAAAGUUUUUCUCCCAAAGUUGAUGGAAAGGUUCUCCAAAGAAGCAUCAAUCAGUUUAGAUGAUCUCCUUGGAUGGGUUACGAAGAAUGUUGACAAGAAGCUCCAUGAUUCAAUACAGAAGUGCCUUGAUCGUAAAUCAAAUAAAAAGUCAUCUCAGAUCAUAGAAUGGCUGCCUUACAGUUCUAGGUUCAGGUACAUGUUCACAAAGGAUCUAAUAGACAAGCCAUGGUGGGUAUGACAUCUUACUCCUCUUUAAGAGAUUCUUAUAUGCCAUGGAUCAUACAUGGUUUGAGAAAGCGAAGAAAUGAUAGUAGGUGCUUAAAGAAAAUUCAUGUACAUUUUAACAAAAUGAGAUGUUAAGUACUAGAUAAACCUACUAUUACUAUAUUUGAAAUUCAUACCUAACAAUUUGUACUAAUAAACUCUUUAAGCUUAGAUGCUGUAGAUUUGUAGAUUAGAAUAAUACACAGUAUCAUCUUGUAGGAUGGAUCAACAGAGGUAUAUUAAUGGUGGCAUGCGUGUGUGAUGAUAGAAUGGCAAAAAGAUUGUAGAUUUUUCCGCCUCCAGAAAUUUGACACGUGUUGAGAAGCACUGAAAUAUUCAAAAAUAUGAAAUACUUAGAUAA